CCCUGGCCGCGCCAGGCACUGUGCGGGCAGCCGAGGGAGAGCCAUUGUGCCUGGCUGGGGUCAGGCUGAGACAGCCCCUUGUACGCUCUGGUCCAUUGUCUUCCUGGCUGGUGCUGGCGACAGAGUCCCACAGGUGCCACCGCGGCGGCUGCAGUGCCGGGCCCGGGUGGGCGCCCGCAUCCCAGGCGCGCCGUGGGAGAUGAAGCUCCAGAAGCCGUGGUGGGCGGGCGGCGGCCUCCUGAACCUCACGGUACUGCUGAGCUUAGCUAGGCUCCGUGUGGACCUGGAUCUCUGCCUGCAGCCGCCGGCCGCCGCACUUUGCGAGGAGCUGCUCCCACUCUGUCCCACCCGCCCCGCCUGGGCUUCUAGCCCCUUCUCGGCCUCGGAAGACUGGGGACACUCCCCCCAGCUGCUUGCCAAGGGCCGGCUGCUGCGCGAAGUGCUCGCGCUCGGCGUCCCCUUCGUUCCCCUCACCCGCGUAGACGCGUGGCUAGUGCACAGCGUGGCGACCGGGGACGCAGACGGGGCCCACGGGCUGCUCGGCACGGCCGCCUCGUCUGCUGUGGGAGACGGAGGCCAGGCGGCACCCGCGGGCGGCGGGGACCCCCGAGAGACUCACAGCAGCCCUCUGGCUGCAGAGGAGGAGGAAAAGUCGGCGGAACCGACGGCGCAGGUGCGGGACACAGGCGGACGCGAGAGCCAGAAUGAUAUACUAAAAGAAAAGAGUGAAGCUGUGGAUCACAGUUCCCACCAUGAGGAAGAUGAGGAAGGAGUGUCAGCCCAUGCAAAAUCACUCCAGCUGGCUAGGAAAGACGAAAGCAAAGCAGAUGCACCUGCUUGGGAAGGAGGGACAAUCACAGAGGCCAGAAAUGAGAAUCACCUACACCGGUCCGAUACAUCUUUCUUUCUGGAAGAUUUAUUUCAACUGCUUUCAGCACAGCCUGAACAUUCCCUGGAGGGCAUCUCACUGGAAGACAUUCCACCCUUUCUAAACAGUAUCAAUGCGAGUGUAAAUUCCUCAGCGCAUCACAUAAAUCUGAGCCACGCCAUAAGCCAUGAUGUUAAUCUUCAUGAAGCCAUGCUACUGUGCCCCAACACAUUUAGAAGAGAUCCAGCAAGGAUCUCACAGGCACAAGAACCAUUUCAGCUAAAUUCUCACACCAAUUCUGAGCAAGCCAUUCCUUCCAUGUCUCUCCCAACUGUUGACAAUCAAAUGAGGACUCUAACAGAUCAAGAUCUCCUGUAUGACGCUGAUUCAAGUAUCUUUGACGGAAUAAACCUAAUGUCAUUGGCCACAAGUUUCAAUCCACUGGAAGUUUCUCAACUUUUUGAAGAUCCAGACUCUGAUUCUGGGAUCUCAUUAAAUUCAAGUUACAACACCUCUAUCACCAAGUCUAAUUCUUCUCAUUGUAUGUAUGAUGGUGCUGUAGGUUACAGUAGUGACCUCGAGUCUCUUAGUCAUGAUUUAGGUGCUGCUGGAGGCUGCUGCCCAGAACACUGUCACAUGGACAUUAGGACUAUGUCUGGCUUUUACCAGGAUCUUGAAUGUCAGCAAGUAUUUCACGACCACACUUACCACUUACAACCAGGUGUACCAGAGCCCACAUCUGAAUCUUUGACACGGUCCAAGUCUCAGAAAAUCAGUGGGUGCCUUGACUCAGACAGAAAUUUGAGUCGUGACGAACAGCGUGCUAAAGCUCUGCAUAUUCCCUUUUCUGUAGAUGAAAUUGUCCACAUGCCUGUUGACUCUUUCAACACUAUGCUAAGCAGGCACUACCUAUCAGACUUACAAGUUUCUCUCAUUCGUGACAUCAGACGAAGAGGAAAAAACAAAGUUGCUGCUCAAAACUGUCGUAAACGUAAACUAGACAUCAUUUUGAAUCUAGAAGAUGACAUAUGUAACUUGCAAACACAGAAGGAAGCCCUGAAGAAUGAGCAAAAUCAAUGUAACAAAGCUAUUGACAUAAUGAAACAGAAGCUGCAUGAGCUCUACUAUGAUGUUUUUAGUAGGUUAAUAGAUGACCAAGGUAGGCCAGUCAAUCCAAACCACUAUGCGCUUCAGUACAAUAAUGAUGGAACUGUUUUGAUUGUACCUAAAGAACUCAAAAAGGAAGCCCCAAAGGGAAAGAGGAAAAACUGAACAGGAUCUAGUGACCCGCAUCACAAACUGUUCAAACUAUUCUUAAAAGCACUGUUACUUGAAUCAGUUAAGGAUACGUGUUGAAGUUUAUAUCGAUAAAUGCUUAAAAUUCAAGGUUAUGCUUCUGUGAAGUUGGGAGAAUCCACAUUUUCAUGGACCACUUCUGCACUAAUACCUAUGUUCACAUAACCUUUUACAGCCUUUUACUAAGGUGGUCACUUGAAAAAGCUUUAAGAUGGUUACAUAACGUGAGUAGCCUUUAGUUUUCUGAAGGUAUUUAGUAUUUAACGUGUAAACAAGUAUGUGAAAACAUUUUAUAUUUGAAUUUAUAAAAACUCUAUUUUAACAAAAUGUCUUAUUUGUCCUUCAAAGAAAAUCCAGCCAGUAUGGCAAACAUAAGAAAUUCCUUCAAGCUUCAGAGCAAAGUAUCCCAGCUUUUGAGAAUGUAGUCAUAGCCCCAUAUCUAAAUGUAAAAUGCCCUCGAGAAACACAGGGCAGCAGUACCAGUCUGUUGACCUCACAACCUAAAAUAUUCUAAACUUUCAGAUAUUACACUUAACCAUCUUAAAAUUCAGAUAUCCAUGAACCAGAGUAAUGACAUUCAAAAUUGACUUUAUCAUACAGAUUACAACAUAAAAAUGACCUGUCACCAAAUUUGGUAAGACGACUUUAAAUAUUGUUCUGGCAUAUCCCAGUUCGAAGAUUUGCUCAGUGGUCAUUCUUUGCAAUGAGUCAACAAACUCCUUUCCCAAAUGUUAAGAGGCUUUGAAUGAGAUGUGUGAACCAAUGCUUCCUACACUUAUAAAAGGACACCAAAGUGCUAAGAAUAAAGAUCCACUCCCAACAUAACAAAGUAAAAACAAAGCAACAGCACCAGUCAAAAGUAGGAAUGGAGGUUUCACAAGGUGUUCACCAGCUGCUCUUCUGAAGACCCAGCUGGAUGGAUUACCCACAUGCAGUUCCAAAUGAUCACUGCUCUCAAGGGCUGCACACAUUGUAGACACUCAAACUCAUUACUCAUUUUCUAUUUAAAGGAAAACCUUCUUGAACACAAUUUUCCCACUAUGUGUUCCUGGAGACAACCUACUAUGACCAGAUAAAAACCAUCUAAGUUAUCCACACACAAGGCCAUUUGGGGAUCUUCUCUCCUUAAAAAGCCGGCACACCCUUGUCCUUCAGAUUUAGUCAACUGUCCCCAGUUCAAAGAAAUUUAAGAUGGCAUAGGACUUUCACCACUCCAAUUUUAUACUUUUUUGAAGC